AAAAACAUAAAAACGGGGAAAGAGAGAGAAACAGUGAAAGAUGGAGCCUGGAAGAAGCAGCGCAAGAGCAACGUUGCCUACAAAUCGGAUAAGCUCCAAUGUACCUUUGGCGUCUUUGCAAGUGACUCAACGUUUCACUCUCUCGCACUGCCCUCAUUUGCGUAGAACUAACGUCUUCGCUUCUGGUUUUUGCUCAUUGCUCAAUUCUCUCUCUCUCUGUCUCUCUCUCUAAAAGGUUAGCAAACUAGUGCUUUUCUUUUUGGUUUGGGUUUCAACAUCCAAUGGUUAUUUUAGGUGAUUGAAAGGAAGAGAACAAUCUCAAAAGGGUUUGAUAUAUUUAGUUCAAUUUUGAAAUCUUAUCAUCUUUGUGGUUGAAUUGAGGAUUAGAGCGCAACAAAUGUAGAAGAAAAAAUUUACCCUUUUAGAGAGAGAAUGAAGUGGGUGUUUGGCUAUUUGAUGGCUGGGAUUGGUGUUCUUGUUCUAGCUUCUGUGUUUGUUUCUGCAGAGCGUAGUUUGAAGCAUGACUUUUUGAGUAACAUUUGGACUCCAGAAGAGGGUGAUUCGAAUUACUUUACAAAUAUAGUCAAUUUCUUAUGGCAAAAAAGUCGAUUGGGUUAUCAACAUGUUUGGCCAGAAAUGGAAUUUGGGUGGAGAAUUGUUGUGGGGACGAUAAUUGGAUUCUUUGGAGCAGCGUUCGGGAGUGUUGGUGGUGUAGGUGGUGGUGGCAUCUAUGUUCCCAUGCUUACUCUGAUCAUUGGGUUUGAUACGAAAUCAUCAACGGCAAUUUCAAAAUGUAUGAUCAUGGGUGCAGCAGCUGCAAGUGUUUUAUACAACCUCAAGCUAAGGCAUCCAACACUUGACCUGCCGAUCAUUGACUAUGACCUUGCACUUCUUUUCCAACCAAUGUUGGUGCUGGGGAUCAGCAUUGGAGUUGCUUUCAAUGUGAUGUUUGCUGACUGGAUGGUUACAGUCUUACUGAUUAUUAUUUUUUUAGGAACAUCAACUAAGGCAUUCUUCAAGGGUGUUGAAGUAUGGAAGAAAGAGACCAUAUCUAAAGAGGAGGUUGCAAGACGCUUGACAUCUAAUGGUAUCGGUAGUGAAGAAGUGGAAUAUAAACCUCUACCUGGAAGUCCCAGCAAUGGCUUUAAAAUGGAAUCAAAGGAAUCUAAAACAUCAAAGGUCUCUAUUAUUGAGAAUGUCUACUGGAAGGAACUUGGUAUUCUCGUUGCUGUCUGGGUCAUAAUCCUUGCACUGCAGCUUGCCAAGAAUUACACGACGACAUGUUCUGCGACAUAUUGGGUGUUAGAUCUGCUGCAGAUCCCCGUGGCUGUUGGAGCAUCUGCAUAUGAGGCAAUAAGCUUAUACCAAGGGCGGAGAGUGAUUUUGUCAAAGGGAGAAACAGGAACAAACUGGCAACUGCACCAGUUGGUUCUUUACUGUUCUUGUGGCAUUCUGGCUGGUGUUGUAGGUGGGCUGCUAGGUCUCGGUGGAGGAUUCAUUUUGGGUCCACUCUUUCUGGAGCUGGGAAUCCCUCCUCAGGUGUCAAGUGCCACCGCUACCUUUGCCAUGCUAUUUUCCUCAUCCAUGUCUGUUGUAGAAUAUUACCUUCUGAAACGUUUUCCAGUUCCUUAUGCUCUCUACUUUGUGGUUGUGACCACCGUUGCUGCCUUUGUAGGUCAGCAUGUGGUUAGAAAGAUAAUCACCAUACUAGGCAGAGCAUCUUUGAUCAUCUUCAUUCUCGCCUUCACAAUAUUUGCGAGCGCAAUCUCACUAGGUGGAUUUGGCAUAAUAGACAUGAUCGAGAAGAUUGAGGCGAAGGAGUAUAUGGGAUUUGAUAGCAUCUGUGCAUAGAAAGAAUUAUUUUCUUUACCGAGUCAGUAAGGGGUUCGAACCUUGGUGGAGGCAUGUGUGUGCGAGUACCAAUUAGGAAAAAAAAAAAAUUUAUUUUCUUUUAUUGCCUGUAUUUUUUAUUUUUACUUUCAUUUUUUAUGCUAAUAUUUAAAGCAUUUUUGUUAUUACGGUUGUCUAAGUAUUUGUCUAUUCUUAAUUUUUAGAUUUUUUUUUUUACAAAAAUCUACCUUAAAUGUGUUCAACUUUGAAUUAAUUUUCUUAAAAAACAUUGUUCCCUGA